AUGUUUUGCUGUCCGGUCGAGCCUGGCAGCGGAGCUUCACCCCAGACGCACGUCACAGACAAGCUUGAAGCAGUGUGUCAACCCAGCAUUGGCCAGGCACCCGCCGGAUCGAUCUGUUCCGUUCACUUUGAAAUUCGCAGCCUCGAGCUCACAUCUGUCGGCUCCUCCUGCGACUCCAUCCACGAUGCUGUCGUCUCCACCCUGGAAAGGGUAUUUUCUCCUCGCGCUCGCGCUGCUCCCGUCGACAAUCCAUGGCGAGGCCAUCAUCGACAGUGUUGUCACGCCACUUGGAGAGACUGCGACGCUGACACACAGUCACCCGGCCUUCGGUGGCCUCCUGCGCGGCAAGAUCGUCAAACCUGUGAUGCUCACGGAGCAGAACGGCAGAGCCGCAGCACGGAACCUGGAGGCUCAAUUGUCGGACGUCGCCCGUCUUGA